AUGGGGAAAGCGGUUUCGAAGCUUUCUAAGGACGACUUGAAGUCUCUAAAACUGGCUACAUACUUUGAUAAAAGAGAAUUGCAACAAUGGUACAAAGGAUUUUUAAGGGAUUGCCCGUCAGGACAGUUAUCAGAAGAGGAGUUUGCUAAAGUAUUCAAACAAUUUUUCCCUUUUGGGGAUCCAACGGAUUAUUGUCAUUAUUUAUUCAGAGUGUUUGAUCUCGAUAAUUCAAAGUAUAUUGAUUUUAAAGAAUUCAUUAUAGUUUUGAGUAUAACAAGUAGAGGAUCUGAUGACCAAAAGCUUACUUGGAGCUUCAAGCUCUACGAUUUUAGAAAAAAAGGGGAAAUUACAUUCAAUGAUAUGCUACAAGUAGUUGCAGCUGUUUAUAAGAUGAUUGGAUCGAUGGUUGAAUUACCUGAUGAUGAGAAGACACCAGAACUAAGAACGAAGAAAUUCUUUCGAAUGCUAGAUAAGAAUGAAGAGAGCGAUACUAUUAAUUUGGAGGAAUUCAAAAAGCUUCUGAAGAUCGAUCCUACCAUAGCUAACGCCCUUAGUACUUACGAAGGUUUGGUAUAA